GCGCAUCCGUUUGAUACGACGGUUUUUCAGAAAUAGUGAAAAAUAAGAGCGUAUCUGGGAAAGUCCACGUCAGACUGUAUGACGUGGAAAAGUUUUGACAUCUGGUGGGGGGUCGGAGUUCACUAUAAUCUGAUGAUGUCAUCGUCUGAAGAUGGCUGAAGGAGAAGGCUGGUGGGGAGGUUGGUUUCAGCAGAGCUAUCAGGCCGUGAAAGACAAGUCAUCUGAGGCCUUAGAAUUCCUAAAGAGAGACCUGACAGAGUUCUCCACUGUGGUUCAGCAUGACACGGCCUGCUCGAUUGUGGCUACAGCCAAUGCUGUCAAAAACAAGCUUGCUGUGGAAGGGUCUUCUGAGACAACAGAGAAGGUGAAGAAGAGCCUGUCUAGUUUCUUGGGGGUGAUAACAGACACUCUUGCUCCUCCUCCUGAUAAAACCAUUGAUUGUGAUGUGAUCACGUUGGUGGCAACGCCAGCAGGAACCACAGAGCUUUACGACAGUUCUAAGGCGCGUCUCUACAGUUUGCAGGCUGACCCCGCUACAUACUGCAAUGAGCCUGAUGGCCCUCCUGAGCAGUUUGAUUGCUGGCUGUCCAGUUUCAGUCUGGACGAGAAGAAAGGCGAAAUAUCAGAACUUUUGGUCAACAGUCCAUCUAUACGAGCUCUCUACACCAAAAUGGUUCCAGCUGCCGUGUCCCAUUCAGAAUUCUGGCAGAGAUAUUUCUACAAGGUCUUCCAGCUGGAUCAGGAGGAGGCGAGGAGAGUGGCCCUGAAGCAAAGAGCGGAGCAAAGUGCUCACAUAGAGACCCUUGGAUGGGAGGAGGAGGAGGAAGAUGAUUUUAUUGGAGCUGCUUCACCAUCUCGUCUUCCCCUCACAUCCCCAUCAGACUCCAACCCCUCCGCCAGCUCUACAGCUCCCACUGAGACCACCCUGGUGAGCCCUGUCCUUUCUCCGAGUGAAGAACCCAACACCACCCUCUCAGUCAGCAGCGACAGCAUCAGCCUGCCGACGCAGGUGGAGAUGCAGCUUCCGCCCGCCGCCACAGAGCUCACCAAGAAACUGAAUGAAGCAACGUUGGAGGAUGUCGUCGACAACAAACCAGAAGAGCAGAAGACCGGAAGGAGUGACUCGCCUCCAGAGGCUCAGGGGGAGCCAUCCGCUGUGACGUCAGUGCGAAGUCCUGCUUCUAAACAACCAGAGGUGGUGAAAGAAGAGGGGCCGCAAGACCUGAGAGUGUUUGAGCUCAACUCCGACAGCGGAAAGUCAACGCCCUCCAACAAUGGCAAGAAAGGCUCCAGCACAGACGUGAGCGAGGACUGGGAGAAGGACUUUGACCUUGACAUGACAGAAGAAGAAGUCCAACUGGCUCUGUCUAAAAUAGAGGAUACUGGAGAGCUGGAUGAAGACUGGGAGAACUGGGACUGAGAGCCUCACAAGCAAAACACGUCUCGCUGUCAAAGCAGUCUAGAACCGUGCUUAUUGUGUUUUAACUCUUUCCACUCUGUCACCGUGUCAUGAUUGCCAGUUGGGGGUUUUCUGGCUGGUUUGGACCAUGCGGUAAGCCUGUUGAAAAGAGAAUCCCCAAGGGCAAUAAGAACUGGACUGCUUCGUCAGCUGUCAGAUUAGAGCAGGUAAACCAGAGGGGGUCUCUGAGUGUCCUCGUUGAAAAAGCUUAUGACACUACUGUACAGCAGGUUGCAAUUUUUCUGACCUUGAGGCUAACCAGCAUUCAAAGUCAGUUAAGUUUUGCUGUGGCAGAGAAGUUGCUUUUCUUUCCUCUUCAUGCCAUUAAAAACAUCUCAUGUUGCGAGUCUUAAACUUGGGCUGCAAGAUGGCCAUAAACUGUAAUGCUGCUUGUCACCUUUAUAAGAUGAAAGCGAUCACUGAAUGGAGGUCCAUCUCAUGUUUCUGUCUUUCCUCGUUUUUCAUCUUUAAUAUGCAAGCGAAUCCAGGAAAAUGGAACAAAUAUUCUGGCCUUCUUUUCAUUUUGGAUUCCUCUUGACUUUGAUCCCAAAGGCCUUGCAGACACACACAGCGGUGUGACGACUUGAUCCAAAUGUUUCCCUUCCCCGUUUGCUCCCUCACAUCCUUUAAUUCAAUAUUUAAGCCUGUUGCUGACUGUAUAUUAGUUUGCGUCACCUUCAAACACAUCACAUGGGUAAUGAAUGUCUUGUUUGAUUAGAGAGAACUACAUAGUUAACCACUGGUCACAUUUGAAUAUAGGGAAUUCAAACUGGUAUGAUAUCUGAUCCUUGACUUUAAGGGUAGCAUCUCUUUCUCUUUACUUAUUUGAGAAAGAACGUAUUAAGUUUCUCUGUUGGUUGGGAAAGCUCAGCAGAUGGUGUGCCAAGCAGACCAAGGAGCACGCUCCAUGCUCCACGCUUUUGUUUUUUUGUUUUUGUUUUGUUUCUUUUCACCUGUACCGUAUCUGAGACAACUAAGCCAAGAGGUGUAAUAUUUAUAUUGGAAUAAAUGCUUAAUUAUUGUAAUUAUCUGCUUUUAAUUGCAUGUCUGUGCAAUGACAAUAUGCAAAACAUUGUACAGAUGGUUAUUGUUGAGUUGUAUGUUUUACUUUGUUGUUGUUUUUAGGCUGUUAUUCAAGCCUUUGUUGCAUGUCUGUAAUUUUCAGCUGUGUAUUUCCUUCAGUUUCAGCUGUUCUGCACACAUCUGUCUACAGAGCUGUCAGGAUUAUUUUCCAAGUACUUCACUUGAUCUCUGAAAUGAUUAUAAUCAUUAAAAAAAAUAAUGCCUACUAAUAA